UUUGGGCACCGCAUGUCCCUCACCUUCCUAGUUUCUCACUGCAACCAUGGAUCCACUGUCGUUCACACUCUCAUUAACUGUAUAUCAUUCAGUGACUCUCCUCUAAUUUCUUCUCUAAUUAUACGUCAAUAAUUAUAAAGGCUGCGAGAUAAUGCGUUUUAACCAUACAGUUUAGAUGCCUUUUUUUUUAACUAGUCGUCACCAAGACAAAUGACUGCAAAUGCCUCUUAUACUACGCUAUAGUACGCACUUAUUGUCCAGUCAAAUUUUGAGAUAGGCGACGGCUUUUUGCCUGAAGGAAAUGUCGGCCUGAACCCAUUUUCACCGUUUGUCUCGUAUACAUAAUGGCUUUUAAUUUUGGCGCUUCGAAUACAAAUACCACGACGGGUGGAUUUGGCGGGUUUGGACAAUCAAACACCAAUACCAAUACACCAUUUGGCGCUCCUGCUGCUACCUCAGCACCAGCUACCACCGGAUUCGCAUUCGGUAACAAUGCCGCCACACCUGCCGCGCCGACAUUUGGCUUGGGCGGUGCUGCCACCACCACUACCCCGGCUCCUGCAGGAAGUGCCUUUGGUACAGCCUUUGGCAAUCCUUCCGCCAACACCGUGUCGCAGUCGCAACCGCCAUCGUCAGCUUUUACGUUUGGUGCGUCAACUACUCCUUCAAGCGCAUCCGCAACAACGAGUGCAUUCGGUGCUCCAACAUCCACGACACCGGCUUCCGCGCCAUUUACCUUUGGUGCCAACAGCAAUACAAUUGGAUCAGCCACCACCUCCACCGCUGCACCCACGUCCACACCAGCUUUCAGCUUUGGCACCCCCACUUCAACCACUACUCCCCUUGGAUCGACCGCCGCAAGUCAACCGCCCGUCUCGGGAUCGACCUUUAGUUUCGGCGGGAAUACCUCCAGUGCCAGUGCCGCUCCUUCAUUCAGCUUCGGUACCUCUUCCACCGCUGCCAAUACCAGCUCUACCUCCAUCCCAUCCGCACCAAGCUUUAGCUUUGGUGCACCCACUCAAGGAGCUACAGGUUCGAAUGCCACCGUCACAUCUCAACCGGCCUCUGGUUUUAGCUUUGGCACCGGGGCUACUGCCUCCACCGUGUCAUCAGCUCCAAGCUUCAGCUUUGGUGCUGCUACAAGUGCAUCAGCCUCCAACGCAUUCGGUUCCUCGCUCACAGCAAGCGCAGCACCAGCCGGUUCAUCGCUUUUCGGAAAUACUGCAACAACUGCUGCGUCCAGAGGUUCGACAGCGGGAGGGUUUCAGUUUGGUGGCACACAGUCAGCUACAUCUGGAUCAGGAUCCACAUUCAGUGGGUUUAAUUUCGGCGGCAGUUCGUCGAGUGGAGCAACAACGACGAACAACCCCACCACUUCAUUUGGUGGACUCGGUACAAGUACAUUAGGAUUGUCGGGUCCUACGCUGACCACGGCCCCUACGGCAUCCACGAACGCCAGUGCCAAUGCUCCCGUAUCUAUACCCGCUUCCUUGAAGAACAAAUCGAUGGAGGAUCUGUUAAACGUAUGGACCAAAGAAUUGACCAAGAAAACCGAUGAAUUUCAUAAACAAGCAUCACAAGUGGCGCAAUGGGAUCGUCAACUCAUUAAAAAUGGAGAACAGAUUUCACAAUUACAUACUAGCACAGAAGAAAUCGAGAAAUUUCAGCAGGAAAUCGAUCAAAACCUGGAAUAUGUCGGAACUCAGCAGGAAGAGCUCAGCAACAUCCUUGAUGCCUACGAACAGCAAAUCAAGACCGUGUUUGAGGAGAGCAAUUUGCAACAAGCGGUUCAGCCUGCGGAUGUUCAACGAGAAAGAGCGUAUGGUCUCGCUGAGAAUUUGAACAAUCAGUUGGAUGAUGUCAAUCGAAAUCUGACCAUCAUGAUUGACGAAAUCAACGGCAUGAGCACAAAGUCGCAGGUGAACUCUAACCAGCAUGAUGACGCCGAUGUGGUGGGGCAAAUUGUCAAGAUUUUAAAUUCGCAUUUGUCAUCAUUACAAUGGAUCGACAAGGCCUCUGUCUCUUUAGAGAGUCGCAUGGGGGAAGUCAUGAAAUUGCAGGAAGAAGCUUUGAAACAUCAGCAACCUAUCUUGAGAAAAUAAAUAAAAAUGACGCAUGUCAA